AUGUAGGUUAAAUUGUGCAGGUUGUCUAUCAUUAUGUAACAAGAAAUCUACGUUAUUGUCGGAACUAAACGUCGAUAUAGGAUGAAAUAAUGUUAUGAACUGGGAUUUAGAUGUGAAAAUGAUACGUGUGUGCGAAUGCUUUAUGGGUAUAAAUGGGGUUACCUUAGUGACGGUUUUGGUAUGGAUGCCAUCCCAAACAAAACAGAAGAUUGGAGUUAUAGGGGGUUGUGAGUUUUGUGAGGAGUACAUUGCAUAGCCUUGCUGAAGAGGCCAUCGUCAUCUCUGAUUCAGAGGUGGAGGCAGAAGCUCCGGUCGAAGUUAUACCGGGGUCUCGGCAGGCGGAGGGUGCUGUAGUUUGGCUCUCCUCUGAGGUUGAGGACUCCGGUUGAAUGUUGGGCAGUGUGGAUGGCAAGGAGGUGAGGGUGACGUGGGAGUUGGCUCCUACCGGAGAGGACAGACUCAGUUUCUCAGAGAUGGAGGUGGAUAUUUCGGUUGGAGGAUGAGGUGGAGGUGACAGAUAUGGCCGUAGUCCCAGAGUCUGGGAGGGUCAGCUUGGAGGAUGAGAUGGAGGUGAGAGAGAUGGCCGUAGUCCCAGAGUCUGGGAGGGUCAGGUUGGAGGAUGAGGUGGAGGUGAGAGAGAUGGCCGUAGUCCAAGAGUCUGGGAGGGUCAGGUUGGAGGAUGAGGUCGAGGUGAGAGAGAUGGCCGUAGUCCCAGAGUCUGGGAGGGUCAGGUUGGAGGAUGAGGUGGAUGUGAGAGAGAUGGCCGUAGUCCAAGAGUCUGGAAGGGUUAGGUUGGAGGAUGAGGUGGAUGUGAGAGAGAUGGCUGUAGUGCCAGAGUCUGGGAGGGUCAGGUUGGAGGAUGAGGUGGAUGUGAGAGAGAUGGCCGUAGUCCAAGAGUCUGGGAGGGUCAGGUUGGAGGAUGAGGUGGAUGUGAGAGAGAUGGCCGUAGUCCAAGAGUCUGGGAGGGUCAGGUUGGAGGAUGAGGUCGAGGUGACAGAUAUGGCCGUAGUCCAAGAGUCUGGGAGGGUCAGGUUGGAGGAUGAGGUGGAUGUGAGAGAGAUGGCCGUAGUCCAAGAGUCUGGAAGGGUCAGGUUGGAGGAUGAGGUGGAUGUGAGAGAGAUGGCCGUAGUCCAAGAGUCUGGAAGGGUCAGGUUGGAGGAUGAGGUGGAUGUGAGAGAGAUGGCCGUAGUCCAAGAGUCUGGAAGGGUCAGGUUGGAGGAUGAGGUCGAGGUGACAGAUAUGGCCGUAGUCCAAGAGUCUGGAAGGGUCAGGUUGGAGGAUGAGGUGGAUGUGAGAGAGAUGGCUGUAGUGCCAGAGUCUGGAAGGGUCAGGUUGGAGGAUGAGGUGGAUGUGAGAGAGAUGGCCGUAGUCCAAGAGUCUGGGAGGGUCAGGUUGGAGGAUGAGGUGGAUGUGAGAGAGAUGGCCGUAGUCCAAGAGUCUGGAAGGGUCAGGUUGGAGGAUGAGGUGGAUGUGAGAGAGAUGGCCGUAGUCCCAGAGUCUGGAAGGGUCAGGUUGGAGGAUGAGGUGGAUGUGAGAGAGAUGGCCGUAGUCCAAGAGUCUGGAAGGGUCAGGUUGGAGGAUGAGGUGGAUGUGAGAGAGAUGGCUGUAGUGCCAGAGUCUGGAAGGGUCAGGUUGGAGGAUGAGGUGGAUGUGAGAGAGAUGGCCGUAGUCCAAGAGUCUGGAAGGGUCAGGUUGGAGGAUGAGGUGGAUGUGAGAGAGAUGGCCGUAGUCCAAGAGUCUGGAAGGGUCAGGUUGGAGGAUGAGGUGGAUGUGAGAGAGAUGGCCGUAGUGCCAGAGUCUGGGAGGGUCAGGUUGGAGGAUGAGGUGGAUGUGAGAGAGAUGGCUGUAGUGCCAGAGUCUGGGAGGGUCAGGUUGGAGGAUGAGGUGGAUGUGAGAGAGAUGGCCGUAGUGCCAGAGUCUGGGAGGGUCAGGUUGGAGGAUGAGGUGGAUGUGAGAGAGAUGGCUGUAGUGCCAGAGUCUGGGAGGGUCAGGUUGGAGGAUGAGGUGGAUGUGAGAGAGAUGGCCGUAGUCCAAGAGUCUGGGAGGGUCAGGUUGGAGGAUGAGGUGGAUGUGAGAGAGAUGGCCGUUGUGCCAGAGUCUGGAAGGGUCAGGUUGGAGGAUGAAGUGGAUGUGAGAGAGAUGGCUGUAGUGCCAGAGUCUGGGAGGGUCAGGUUGGAGGAUGAGGUGGAUGUGAGAGAGAUGGCUGUAGUGCCAGAGUCUGGGAGGGUCAGGUUGGAGGAUGAGGUGGAUGUGAGAGAGAUGGCUGUAGUGCCAGAGUCUGGGAGGGUCAGGUUGGAGGAUGAGGUGGAUGUGAGAGAGAUGGCCGUAGUGCCAGAGUCUGGGAGGGUCAGGUUGGAGGAUGAGGUGGAUGUGAGAGAGAUGGCUGUAGUGCCAGAGUCUGGGAGGGUCAGGUUGGAGGAUGAGGUGGAUGUGAGAGAGAUGGCCGUAGUCCAAGAGUCUGGAAGGGUCAGGUUGGAGGAUGAGGUGGAUGUGAGAGAGAUGGCCGUAGUGCCAGAGUCUGGGAGGGUCAGGUUGGAGGAUGAGGUGGAUGUGAGAGAGAUGGCCGUAGUGCCAGAGUCUGGGAGGGUCAGGUUGGAGGAUGAGGUGGAUGUGAGAGAGAUGGCUGUAGUGCCAGAGUCUGGGAGGGUCAGGUUGGAGGAUGAGGUGGAUGUGAGAGAGAUGGCUGUAGUGCCAGAGUCUGGGAGGGUCAGGUUGGAGGAUGAGGUGGAUGUGAGAGAGAUGGCUGUAGUGCCAGAGUCUGGGAGGGUCAGGUUGGAGGAUGAGGUGGAUGUGAGAGAGAUGGCCGUAGUCCAAGAAUCUGGGAGGGUCAGGUUGGAGGAUGAGGUGGAUGUGAGAGAGAUGGCUGUAGUGCCAGAGUCUGGGAGGGUCAGGUUGGAGGAUGAGUUGGAUGUGAGAGAGAUGGCCGUAGUGCCAGAGUCUGGAAGGGUCAGGUUGGAGGAUGAGGUGGAUGUGAGAGAGAUGGCUGUAGUGCCAGAGUCUGGGAGGGUCCAGUUUGAGGCGGAUAUGGAGGUGUUUGGGAAGGAUAUUGUCCGAGAGUAGGAAUGUAGUACCUUUUGCAUUCGAAAGUCACUUCCACUGGAUCCAAGUUAAAGUAGCCGGUAUUGCGGGCCCAGUGGACUCGUACACCGGAUGGGGAAACACGGGAAGUGGUGAAUGGAUAAGUUUGGUCUUUAACCAGAUUUCUGGUGGGUCAUGUGGGGGAAGGGAUAUGAGCCGUGUGGUGUAAGAUUUGGUGUAACUUGGACGGGCAGCUCAUAGUGGGUGUGAAUACAUAAUUUUAACAUUCUAGUGGGGACUUAAGUGCCUUAAAUGUUGGUUAGGUAUUAAACAAUUAUAGAGUUAAGCCUUAGACGGGGAUUGUAAAGCUAAAUUGGGCUAAGGAGGGGGGCUUGUUAGA